AUGACUCUUAAAGGCACUGGCAAGCUCCAUGUUAUCAAAAGAGAUGGACGUGAAGAAAAAGUUCACUAUGAUAAAAUUUCGGCACGUGUGAAAAAGCUUUGUUACGGCUUGGAUAUGGAUUACAUUGAUCCACCGGCAAUAACAUACAAAGUCAUGCAUGGUAUAUAUCCUGGCGUAACAACUGUAGAGCUUGAUAAUUUAGCAGCAGAAACAGCAGCAACCAUGACUACUCAACAUGCUGAUUAUGCUAUUUUAGCUGCAAGAAUAGCUGUUUCUAAUCUACACAAAGAAACUAAAAAGAAUUUCAGUGAAGUAAUUAAUGAUUUAUACAAUGCAGUAAAUCCUGUAACAAAUGAAAAAAUAUCUUUGAUCAGUCAACAUCAUCAUGAUAUAAUUCAGAAGCACUCUCGAGCUUUAGAUUCUGCCAUUAUUUAUGAUAGAGAUUACAAUUAUAAUUAUUUUGGCUUCAAAACUUUGGAAAGAAGUUAUUUGCUGAAAAUAAAUGGCAAGAUCGUAGAAAGACCUCAACACAUGGUGAUGCGCGUCGCUGUUGGUAUUCAUGAAGACAACAUCGAUCGAGUGAUUGAAACAUACAAUUAUAUGUCUGAAAAAUAUUUCACUCAUGCAUCACCGACACUUUUUUCUGCAUGUACUCAAAGACAACAAAUGUCGAGUUGUUUUUUGCUCACAAUGAUUGAAGACAGUAUUCAAGGAAUUUAUGAUACGAUGAAGAGAUGUGCUUUAAUCAGUAAAACAGCUGGUGGAAUUGGGUUGAGUGCUCAUAAUAUCAGAGCUGCAGGAACUAGAAUAAAAAGUAACAAUGGAAUUUCAAAUGGUCUUAUUCCGAUUCUUCGAGUUUUCAAUAAUACAGCAAGAUAUGUCGAUCAAGGUGGUAAUAAAAGACCUGGAGCAUUUGCAAUCUACUUAGAACCUUGGCAUGCAGAUAUAUUUGAAUUUCUAGAUCUGAGAAAAAAUACAGGCAAAGAUGAACAUCGCGCUCGUGAUUUAUUCUAUGCACUAUGGAUUCCGGAUUUAUUUAUGAGCCGCACAAAAGAUGAUGAUGUAUGGAGUUUAAUGUGUCCGAAUUUAUCACCUGGGCUAGACGAAUGCUGGGGUGAAGAAUUUGAAGCAUUAUAUACUAAAUAUGAGAAUGAAGGUCGUUAUGUACGUCAAAUUCCAGCUCGAGAGUUGUGGACUGCUAUUUUGAAAUCACAAGUUGAAACUGGUACACCAUAUAUGGUUUAUAAAGACCACUGCAAUCGUAAAUCCAAUCAACGAAAUUUGGGCACCAUCAAAAGUAGUAAUCUCUGUACUGAAAUAGUCCAGUAUACAAGUCCUGAUGAAAUAGCAGUUUGUAAUUUGGCUUCAAUUGCAGUUAACAUGUUUGUUAAUACUGAAACUAAAACUUAUGACUUUGAAAAACUUAAAUUAGUUACCAAAAUUGUAACAAAAAACUUAGAUAAAGUUAUUGAUGUUAAUUAUUACCCAGUUCCCGAAGCAGAAAAAUCAAAUUUGAAACAUCGACCUAUGGGCAUUGGUGUUCAAGGUCUUGCUGAUGCUUUUUUGUUAUUGAGGUAUCCAUUUGAAAGCGAAGAAGCUCAGAAACUCAACAUUCAAAUUUUUGAAACGCUAUACUAUGGUGCUUUAGAAGCAAGUUGUGAGUUGGCUCAGGAGAAAGGAAUUUAUGAAACUUAUCAUGGUUCGCCUGUAAGCAAAGGUAUCCUUCAAUACGACAUGUGGAAUGUUACACCAACUGAUCUUUGGGAUUGGGAGAAAUUGAAAAAAAAAAUUGCUGAAUUUGGUAUCAGAAAUUCACUUCUUAUAGCUCCGAUGCCAACAGCUUCAACAGCACAAAUUUUAGGAAAUAAUGAAUCUACAGAGCCGUAUACCACCAAUGUUUAUGCCCGAAGGGUAUUAUCUGGUGAAUUUCAGAUUGUUAAUCCUCAUUUGUUGAAAGAUUUAAGUGAACGUGAUCUUUGGGAUGAAAAGAUGAAAAAUGAAAUUAUCGCCAAUAAUGGUUCGGUACAAAAUAUCAAAAGUUUUCCAGAUGAACUAAAACCUUUAUAUAAAACUGUUUGGGAAAUAUCACAGAAGACUAUCUUAAAAAUGGCGGCAGAUCGAGGACCAUUCAUUGAUCAAUCACAAUCACUUAAUGUUCACAUUGCUCAGCCGUCUGUUGGCGUAUUAACUUCAAUGCACUUUUACGGAUGGAGUAUUGGUUUGAAAACCGGAAUGUAUUACUUGAGAACUAAACCAGCUGCUAAUGCUAUUCAAUUUACUGUUGACAAACGAAAAUUAUCCACUUGGGAGGAGAAAAAAUAUACAAACGGUGUUAUUAAAAAUAAUAUUGAUGAAACGAACGUAAUUUCUUGUUCUCGAGGAGCUGAUUGUACGAGUUGCAGCGGAUAA